GCUCACUUCGAAAAAGCUUUCAUAUGAAAUACAAUAGUACAUAGUUAAUUAUAUACUCUAAGUACUCUUGCUCCCAAUUCAGUAUUCACCAAUAGAGAAGACAGAGAUAAGCAAUGACCGGGCUAGACAAAUGAAAUCGGACCAAAGUUUUUAUUCGUUAGCUAAGCGCGCCUAUUGCACCUCCUCUACUUUGCACAUCUUUAUUUUAAGUGUUAGAUGUUACUUCAAAAAUUCAGAUGUAGAACCUGCAGGUUGAAAAGCAAUAAUAAUAACACCUACCUAAUUCGCACUUCCAGAUCACAAAUUCAUCCAUAUAAGCAAGUAAUAUCAAGAUUGAAACAUGAUACUACUUAGAGAACACAACUAUAUAUGAUCAAGGUGAGCACAAGUGCACAACAAAAAGCUAGCUUCACUUCACAAAGCCAAGGGUGAAAAUGUAGGAGCUUCCGAACUCCAAGAACUAAGAUGAGAAAGUUCAAAGAGACUAACAAAACUCCCAACCAGUUUUCCAUGUUAGGCACUGUUUUGAUGCAAAUCCACUUAGCCCCAUUCGUAGUAUUUGGGUAAGGGAGGAGUGUAUCAAUGCCAAAUCACAACACACUAUCAAAAUAAUUUACCAUAAUAUUGAAAAGAAGUAGCUAACUGCAGAAACCCCAAACUAAAGCACAUAGUUCAGCAAACCACACAUCAAAGACAGGCUACCCACUUUCUCAAGAAAAUCUGCAAUUUCUUAAACCAAAGUCGUCUUGGUACGCAUAAUCUUGAACUGGGUUUUUCACAUCGGAUCGAGGUCGAUCUAACAAGAUCUCCUCCAAGUGAUCUACCAUUCAAAGAUGCAGGCUUUGAAAUGAAAAAAGCUGCAGAAUUUCAUAUAACGAAACAGAAAAGGCGAGGUGUAACUUGUGAGGAAACCGGAAUUCAUUUCUGGAGGAGAGAAAUUAAAGAAGAAGAAGAAAGAAGAAGUCAACACAAGAAGAUGAAAGUAGUUGUGGAGUAAUUGGUCUCCUUCAAUCGGUUCUAGAUAUAUAUAACAGAGUGGCUGCAAGUGGCCAACCGAAAUAAUUUUGCCAACUUGCAAACCACCCACCACCACCAAGUGGCGCAGGCGGUGCUACAGUACAAGAUUUGGCAGGGUGUACAUUUAAGUUUGUAAGAAAAGAGAACAGGGUAUUUUAAAUGUAGGAGCUUUAUUCGAACUCCAUGAACAUCAAGAGCAAAGUUCAAUGGAGCAAGACAGCAACUCCAUCAGGCAAUUACACCCUUCAAUUUCAGCAUUUGUUGAACAACACAACCUCCCCUUUUCAGCUCAUGCCAAAAUUGAGCAAAAGGGCCAGUAUCAAUGCUGCUAUGUCAAACAGAGACAAGCUAGUAAUCCCAAAACUUGAAAAAAAUCAUAGUAAAAUUCCAAUAUAAUUAGCGGAAGUGGGCAUGAUUAAGAAAAGAUCUGGUUAGCUCACAGACUGCCCAGAUUAAUUGAUCUAUCAAGUGAUUUAUAUCCAUGUAAAGAGAUCAACUUUCUAAGACUCAUAAGAAUUUUGAAGGUAAAAAAGAAUUUCAAGGUGGGUUUUAAGAAUAAAUAUUACUUAUAAAUAUUAUAUAAUAACUUAUAUAAAGAUAUAUAGAAAAGGCACAAGUUGCAGCAUCUAACAGAACCAUAGAACUCCAUAAGCUCAGAUCCCAACAAGAUUUUAACUUAUUGGCCUUACAAAAAAUGAAAUAAGUAAGACAUACAUAAAAAUACAAUUUACAAAUCUUACUACCUCUUUCGAAAGUUACCAAAGAAACACAGAGAGAAAAGUUCAGAUCUUCAGUGUUUAACGUUUUCUUUGGAUUAAUUUUGUAAGCUACAAAUUACUGGAACUGCUGUGUGGGUGAGGAUGAAGGAAGAAGGGGAAGAGAAGGUAUGAAGAUGAGUGAAGUUGAAGGGAUAGAGGAAAGUGAUAAUUAUGUACUGUGGGAGUGGAAUGAUCCAACGGUGUUCAUGAGAACAGAUAAUCAUAGUGGUGAACGGUUGAGAUUGAGAGGGACAUGUCAAUUUGGUUCUGUUGAAAUAAAAUCAAUGUGUGGCCAGACCUAUUCAAUUGGCUUGGAUGCUUUUGCUUUGCUCAUCUGCAAAGUUACAUGCUUUACCACUAUGAUUGUCCCAUAGCUCAAGUUUCAUCAUCAAAGGUGUAGCAUCUUUAAAAAAAGUUCUGAUUCCAACAGCACUUUUAUAUCUAUGACUUAAUUUAUUGGUGAAUAAUCAAAUUUUGCCACAAUCUCAUCCGCAUAUAUAAUUUUUAUUAUGUUCAAAUGUAUCCUACUUUUUCCAGUUUCAUUGUUGUUCCGUCGGGCAAAGCCUCGAUCAAUAAAGGAAAGCAUAAACGCACAACACCAGGUUUACGUGGUUUCCUCAACGAUGUUGAUCGUUGAGACUAGUCCACGGCACAAGGCAGAGUUCCUGAUUAUUGCUCUCGUACACGUUGCAUCAGAAACUCAGUCAUACAACACUUAUAUACUAUGUCGAGUAUUAACCAUAAAUAGGUUAAUUACAGUUAGGUACUCCUAACUUCUAACACCCUCCCUCAAAUUGAUGGUGCUGUCGCAACAUCAAUUUGUGUGCUAGAAACCAAUGACGUGAUGAAGACAUUACUUUAGUCAACAAAUCUACUGUUUGAUCCUCUAACGUAAUAUAUGAUAACUCCACAGAGCCCUCUGUCACUAGCUGUCGAAUAUAGUGAACGUGAACCUCUAUGUGCUUGGUCCUAUCAUGUAAGACCGGAUUCGUAGCAGUACGAAUGGCACUAGUAUUGUCAACAAACAACCGAACAGGAUUAGCAAUCUUUACUCCUAGCUCGGCCAACAGUCGACACAACCAGUUGAUCUCAGAAGCAACCUCACUCAUGGAAUGAUAUUCGGCUUCUGUGGACGAUUUUGAAACAUGAUCCUGCUUCUUACACCGCCAUGAAAUAAAGGAGUGACCCACUUGACGCACCACCCAGAAGUCGAAUGUCGUGUAUCAAGACAACCAACAUAGUCUGCAUUAGCAUACGCAUCCAUCACAACCUCACCACCUGAAGGAAACAGCAAACCGACCUCCUGAUUGCCGUGGAGAUAGCGGAUAAUUCGUUGAACUGCAGUCCAGUGAGUAGUACAUGGUGAAAACAUAAACUGACUCACAACCUGUACAACAUAUGAAAUAUCCAGACAUGUGUGAGUCAAGUAGAUCAAGCUGCCUACUAUACUGCGAUAUAGUGAAUCAUUAGACAAUAAAUCGCCAUCCCCCUGUCGAAGCUUGAGAUUCUGUUCCAUGGGAGUAACACAAGGAGUACACUCAUCCAUCUGUGCCUCUUCGAGUAAAUCAAGUACAUACUUUCGC